AUGGCCAAGCUACUGCGCAAAGCUCAAAUAUUGCAUGCCAGAGCUUUGAAGAGAACGGAAACAGCGACUAAUUGCAGCAUCCAUCCUGUCAUCGAUGUACAAAGCGACUCGUUGCUUGUAAUUAUUCAGCCCCGCAGGAUCGCAAGCAAAUUGCCGCCAGACGAAGAGCCGCUCGCCGUCUUCAAGGCGAGACGACUGACUUACCUGGGAACAGCUAUACCGACCUAUCUGCUUCCAUUUGCGAAAGCCCUAGCGUAUCCACUGGUACGAGAAGAGAAGCGAUGA